UUUAGUUUUGUUUGAUUAUUUCCGUUGGUCAGGAUGUGGGCUGACUGCUAGCUCAAACUUUCUAAAUACCCCAGAAGAAGACGACAAGCAACUUGAAGACAGGAUGGAGAUGACCUCGCUCUGCCUAAUGCUCUCCACGCUGACCAUCCACCCCAACAGAUCUCAGUUCUUCUGGUAUGACUCUGUCAAUUUGACCUGUACGGUGGCGGGAAACUCCAGUGGCUGGAGAUUCAAGAGAAACACCUCCUCUCUGACUUCUGAGCUGUGCUCCGGCUGGGGAAUGCAACGUGAGUCCCACUGUACCAUUCAGGAUGCCUAUCCAUCAGACACAGGAGUGUACUGGUGCGAGUCUGAGCGGGGGGAGUGCAGCAACACCGUCAACAUCACUAUCGCUGAUGGUCCUGUGAUCCUGCAGAGCCCUGCACUUCCUGUGACAGCAGGUGAUAGAGUAACGCUUCUCUGUUCCUGCAAAGAAGAAAACGGCCAAAAACCCAGAUCUGAUUUCUCUGCAAAGUUCUACAAAGAUGGUGUUUUCAUUGGGACUGAAGCUGCAGGAAGUAUGACCUUCGCGACGGUGUCCAUGUCUGACGAGGGUUUCUAUAAGUGUGAACACCCGACGAAAGGAGAGUCACCACAGAGCUGGCUGGCUGUUAAAGGAGGCAGCCUUCAACCACGAAGGGACUCGAACCCUCAAUCUUCUGAUCCGAAGUCAGACGCCUUAUCCAUUAGGCCACGUGGUCACAUGCAAGCGUCUGUCCCUGCAAUGCAAUCUGAGCGGGGGGAGUGCAGCAACACCGUCAACAUCACUAUCGCUGAUGGUCCUGUGAUCCUGCAGAGCCCUGCACUUCCUGUGACAGCAGGUGAUAGAGUAACGCUUCUCUGUUCCUGCAAAGAAGAAAACGGCCAAAAACCCAGAUCUGAUUUCUCUGCAAAGUUCUACAAAGAUGGUGUUUUCAUUGGGACUGAAGCUGCAGGAAGUAUGACCUUCGCGACGGUGUCCAUGUCUGACGAGGGUUUCUAUAAGUGUGAACACCCGACGAAAGGAGAGUCACCACAGAGCUGGCUGGCUGUUAAAGUCGGAGCUGAGCCUCCUCCUCUUGUGUCUGUGCCGAGGCUGGUGUGUACCAUCUUGCUGAUUGUCGUCUACUCUCUCAUGCUUAUAGUUUGUGUGAAUGCGCACAGAACUUGGGCUCAAGCUCGGGCUGAAGCAAAGAAAAGGGCUUCUGAUCGUCUUUCAUCAGAGCGAUGAGUUGAAGAAGAACAAGAGCAGCUACUUUGCAUGGGGUCACUUUGAAUUUUAUGUUUAUAUAUUCAACAAGAUUGUAUUUUAUUUAUCUUAUUUUUUUAUUUCUCACUGGCAGACAAAGACAGAGACGCUGAAAAUAUUGGAGCUGACACAUAUUUCAGCUCGUAAAAAACAUUUACAAGCAAUUUGCAAAUUUGAACUUGUCAAAUCUCAACCAUCUGUCCCACGCUACUUAGUGGACCUUUUCCAUCUAAACCAUCAGAGAAAAUGUCCAACCCUGAAAUGGAAGACAGAUAAAAACCUUUUCUAAGGAGGCAUUAAAGUGGUGACAAAUUGCAUUAUUAACAUAACCAUGACUACGAGGAUUAAAAAGUGUCUCGUGGUGUUCAUAGAGAGAGUGAUUUGUAGACAAGUCACACUGGUUAAAAAAAUAUUCCCUGAUUUAAUAGUAACCAGUGCAGAGAUUAAUAAGGAGGAUAAUAUUCGUAUUUCUUUGUUUUGGUCAGAAGUCUUACGACUGCAUUUUGAAAAAGAGUUUGUUGGCGCACAGCUUUCUUUGAAUGUCUUGAUUUAGUACUUUCUGUAGUGAUUUAAAGAAUGAGACAUAACGUGUUUGUUUAUUAACAUUUAACUAAUAUCUCAAUCCUUCCCCAACCUUAACAAAAGUGCUUUUGUUGUCUUAACCUAAUACCACUGCAGGACGCAAGCCUGUGGGUUUUACCAUCAAUCACCUCGCCUAUUAACCGCUGUGAUAUAGUGCUUUCUUCACUCAAAAACAUGUUCCAGAAAAACAUAAUUGGGAAAACAAAUACUGAUGUUUACAUAAACAUAUGCUCUAGACAGACAGGGUUGGCUCUUGGUUCUUGACAGUAAAAACAAAACUGUUUACUGCUGGUGUCACAGAAGGUCCCCGAACUAGCUCAUUUGAUUGGCCAAAAGGCGUCUCUGAUCUCUCAACAGUGCCCACCACUGGCUCUACAGGUGCACAGAUCACUUUUGCUCCACAUUUCACUGUGGUGCAAAAGAGAGAGCGCUUGUAACUUUUCAUUUGUGAGCCACAAAAACAGCUUUUGAAAAUGGUGGCAGCAGAUUCAAGUAGUUGAUCAUUAUUGACUUGUGUCUUCUAGAAUAUCCAUCAUCAUCAUGCGGAUGUGCAAAGAUUGUCCAUGACUUCACAUUUUUUGAUGUAGGUGUUUUAAUGUGUUUUGCACCAUAUUCACUGCAGCAACUGUAUAAAAAUGUGAGCAUAUUAUUCAUUUGUGAUACGUAGAACAGGAUUUGUGCACCUGCAAUGAAGAAUAUAUGUCACUGUUGUGUUUGUGGGAGACAAAACAAGUUCUGUUUGCUCCCUUCAUACUUCACCUUUCCAGCCAGCCUUUCUGUCUGCGCAGCAUGUUUCACUUGUCUUAAAAACAAUUCUCUGAAUUCAUGCUGGAUCUGACUUCUAAAAAUAUAGUUUCAUUUCUCUUAA